UCUCCGUAAAAACGAAUGUGGGGACACCCCGCUCAAGCGUCUUUUUAGGUAUUUUCUAAACCUGCUAAAUUAGGUUAGCCAAUAGCAAAUGACAAAAUACAUAAAGAAUAACUGCGCCAUUUGUCGGCUGCAUGGCUACUAUGUCACUAGCCACUACUGGAGCUAGAAGUCAGCACAACUGGAGGCUAGAUCAAACUGUCCACUCUUCAGACUGGAGCAAGGGGAGUUGGCAGGAUAGAUGUAUUUCGCUUAAUAACGUUGUUGUUUUUUACGAAAAUUGUGCUUCGUGCAAAAUAAUGUGAUAUUACUGUUUGCAUGAUCGAACCCUAUCGCCACGUCGACAUGGAACACAAAUAAUGUAUUCGUUUUCUACACGGAGCUCUUUUAUUGCAACACCAGCGUCUACAUAUGUCAAUAACGCACUAGUCUAUGGCAGAACUGUGGUCAGCUAUCUCUGCUGCUUUGCCUGUGACGGAGGCAGAAUUUCCACUUGACUUCAGUGAAAAAGUUGAGCCCAGUGUGGUAGAUGUGCUGAAACGUUGCAGGCAGCAGCUGUACACCGGGAGCGGUCGAUGGAGGCAAAACGCUCAGAUCAUCUUGGACUUUUCCUGGGAGAAGCUCAACACAGGAACGUGGCGUGAUGUGGACAAGGAGUGGAGGUGUUUGUAUUCAUAUGGCUGCCUGUUCAAAGUAGCUGCCCUAUGCCGUGAUGAUGCCUCACCAGCUACAGUGCAGGAGGCCAUACGGACAUGUGACUUGGGCCUGCUCAUGGGGGCAGCCAUCAUGGACAAUAUUUUACAAACCUUUGUAAAGAUCCUGCAAAAUGAAAUCAGGAAGAGGCACUCCAAUGAGGAGAAUCUUAGUGAAGGAGUUAGUGCUAAGAAAAUGAAGGUUGACUGUGUGUCAGUGCCUGUGGUCAAGCAGGCUCUGGCAGUACCAAGGAUACACUGUCCAUCAUUGGAGAGCUUCAAGAAAGAUUACUUGGAUCCACAAAAGCCAGUCAUAUUAGAGGGUAUCAUAGAUCACUGGCCAGCCUUCAAAAAUCACCCUUGGAGCAUAGAAUACCUGCAAACUGUUGCUGGUUGUCGGACUGUACCUGUUGAAGUGGGCUCAAGAUAUACCGAUGAGGAAUGGUCACAGACACUCCUUACGGUCAAUGAAUUCAUCGAUCGCUAUAUUGUUGUGAAAGACGCAUCAAGUUUGGGAUAUCUUGCUCAGCACCAGCUAUUUGAUCAGGUCCCCGAGCUGAAAGACGACAUCCGUAUCCCUGACUACUGUUGUCUUGGUGAGGGAGAGGAAGAUGACAUCACGAUCAAUGCUUGGUUUGGGCCAGGAGGUACAGUGUCCCCCCUUCAUCAAGAUCCUCAACAGAACUUCCUGGCUCAGGUGGUUGGAAGAAAGUACAUUCGUCUGUAUUCCCCUGAGGACACCGAGAAACUCUACCCUCACCAAUUGCAGCUCCUACACAACACUAGUCAGGUGGAGGUGGAGAGUCCAGACGUGGUGCGAUUCCCAGAGUUUGUGAAGGCUCCCUACCUAGAGUGUGUGUUGCAGCCUGGGGAGGUCUUGUUCAUCCCAGUCAAACACUGGCAUUACGUGCGUUCUUUGGAGCUCAGCUUCUCUGUGAGCUUCUGGUGGUCAUGACCCAUGAUGAGUGAUCCAGAUUCAGGUUGUUUUUAGUCAGAAUUUUGGUUAUUGCAGUGGUCUUGUAAAAUGCAAGUCCUGUGCUCACGUAUCUUGUGACUUAGGUCUGUUUGUUAUUUUCUUAAACAAUCAUUAACA